AUGAAGCAUGAUCAAUACUUUUCAAAUCUACCCUUUCGGUUCUUUAAUGUAUGGGCUGAGCACAACGAAUUCUUACCUUUAGUUGAGAGGGAAUGGAAACAGAGAAAGGCUAGAAACCACAUGAAGAAUGUCUGGCUCCAUCUGAAGGGCCUGAAGCCCGUCCUAAAGGCAUUAAAUAAUGAAGAAUACAAGAAUGUUUCGCUAAAAAUAAGCCAAGAUAGAGCUGAGUUAAGUGUUAUUCAGGAACAACUAAAUAGAAACUGGUCUGGUAACCGGCAAGAACAGGAAAAGAAUGCCUUACAAAAGCUGGAGAAAUGGUUUGGAGUUGAGGAAAGUAUUUUGAAGCAAAAAUCUCGAGCUCGGUGGAUUAAGUUAGGGGAUGCCAACACUCAUUACUUCUUUGAAGUUAUGAAGGAAAGAGCACAAAGAAAGCAAAUCACUAUAUUGACAUCCUUAAUAGGAAUUAAAUUGACUAAACCAACAAAUAUUCAGACAGAAGUGGUGCAAUUUUACAAAGGUUUAACGGGUUCCUCCACAUAUAAGCUCACUACACAUAAGCUCACUACAAUAAACAAGCUUAUUAUGAGAGUUGGACCAGUCCUAAAUCAUCAACAAAAGAAAGAUAUAUGUAUUCUAGUCAUUGACAAGGAGAUUGCUGAGAGUUUGAAAGCCAUAGAGGAGGACAAAACCCCUGGUAUAGAUGGUUAUAAUGCUUGUUUCAUUAAAGAGUCUGGCCUAUAG